AUGACGUCCUCCCUCCGUCUGUCUGUGGGCAGUCUUACCACCCAAGCUCGUCCUACUCCAAUAAUUGCCCAAUUACUCGUCCAAAAUCCCUCCCAAUGCCGGUCCUUUUCUCAGUCUUCGCAACUAUGGGCUAAACGGAAUGUCAACAUCAAGACUGGUGGCCGCGGCACAUCGCAGCCUUCAAUGAAGUUGCGACAGAAGGAAGCGCUUCAAAGCCAGAUGAAGUACAUGAAUGAUAUAGGAUUAUUGCCAGGAACUUUUGUGCGACCGAAAUGGGCUGAAUUGCCUUCAAUCUUCCAGGCGCCGAGGGACCGGCUCCUGCUGGAAUGGAAUUGGCUAAAGGCUUCUGUUCAAAAUACCUUGAAUUUGAUUGUCUACUGCAAGUAUCAAAUGUCGCUGCCUAUCAAUUUUUUUUCAAGAAAGCGUAUUGCGCGCCUGUUGUACACGGACAUGUACACUGCCCUUGCCCUAGGUGACAUCCCUGCCCUUCAACGACUCACAUGCACCGGUCUGUACUCCAAACUCGCCAUGCAGAUCCAUAACCGCCCCAAGGAUCAAGCAUUGGACUGGAAACUGAUUAAAUGGCGCCGCACACCGCAAACCAAUUUCACCGGAGUUUCAGUCGUCAUGGACCGCGCAACCCAAACGGACGAAUCCGGGAAAAAUAGCGGUGUUCGUCAAAUUGUUCUCCGCGUGACAUCCCGCCAGUCUAUCAGAAAAGGCAAAAAAUCUGCCAGAGAUGCCGAGCCUGUCUUCACUGAACCUGCGGUAGAGCAAGACUGUGAGGAGUACAUUGUUAUUCAAGACCUCAUUGUUCGGGGCCAGAGUGAUGGUUGGAAGAUCUGGGGAUAUGUCAAGCCCACUGACAUGGAGCAGAUCUACUCAGAUCCUGCAUUUGCGCCUGGUUUGUCGGCUACGGAGCGGCUGCAGGCACUGAAGGAAAUGGCGAAUAUAAAAUAA